AAAUAUGUGCGAGGGAGUUCUCUAGCUUGAAGGCAGUCAGUCAGUUUCAGUCAAGAGAGUGUGGUCACCAUUCUCUUCUUCCCUUUUUUUAUUACUUUUUUAUUACUCUUUUCUUCCGCGACAUAUGACAUUUACAGUUCGCGAUUUUUUCUUUUCUCCUCCUUUUACAGGAUGCGCGAAACAAACAAAUUUUCAAUAUUUUCCGAAAAAUAAGAAAAAAUUUCGUGCAAUUUUCCAUAAAGGAGAAAAAAAUGGCUUUAAAUAGUGAAAAAGAACUCGUGGAGUAUGAUAAAAAGAAGUUAAAAGACAACGAAACGUUUACGAUAAUAGUGGAAGAAGAAUAUUUUUAGUUAGAAAGUUAAAGUUAAAAAGAAUAAGAAAGAAGUGCUUGUCGACUGUUCAAUUGAAAUAAAGACAAUAAAUCAUCAAUUGCGCGUGUACAAAGAAAGUGUUAUAAAAAGAAUUGAGAGGAAAAAAGAGAAGGUGAUAAAAAUAAAUCAGAAUCAUAAUAUUAAUUACACCGUGUGUUAAUGAAAUAAUAUAAAAGGGUGAAAGUGAAAAGAAAAGAUUAAUUUACAGAAAAGAAGAAAUUAAUUUUAAAAAAAUCCAAAAGAAAACGAUCAGUAAUGUUUAAGAAAAAAUAGCAUUUGCUUAUUAUCCAUCAUUAAUUUUACCGAAUAAGAAAAAAUUGCUACUAUUAUUAUAUAUACACCAUAUUAUCGCUUCGUAAGUCAAGGAAUUUAUCCAAUACAAAUAGCGACGAGAAUGCUGAUUAUUCAUGUUUACCAGACUGAGAGGAAAAUUCUAUUUUACCCGAUUUUUUCUCUCUAGAAGUUAUUUCUUUUCUUCCCUUUUUUGGGAGGCGAAUCAAAAGAAAUUGCAAUAUACAUAAGAGAAAAGCUUUCACGUAUUUAAUAAUAUAAAUUAACACCAGAAUGAUAAUUAUUCCUGUGUCGGUAAAUAAUUUUUAUAUACGUAUAUUUAUAUAUGUGAGGUGAAAAAGUGCUAAAUGAAUAGCGAUUUAACGUCCUUUCUUGUACAAGUCAAGGCCUCAACAUGAUUAUCACUAAUAACCGCGUCAAAAUGAUAAUUAGACGCAAAAAAUCACCGAAACGGAGGGGUAUAUCUUCGGCAGAAAUUCACGCAGAAUUUCCAACAACGACACACUCACCGGCACUACUGACAAGAUUAUCGAACAUGGAGGCUGCACAAAUUACAAAUUGCAUAGAUACACCUGGAGUUUGUGGCAGUGAAGCUGCAUGUCGGAAACUCGACGAUAACACAUCAAAAUGUGUAUGCCCCCAUGAUUUAUCUCAACCUACACCCGACAUGAAAUGUCCGAAUCGCCUUCUUGUGCCUUUAACACCUAAACCAAUACACAAUAUAAUUCCCCCAAGUGGCAACAUCACAGAAAGUACAACAACUGUUCUUCCCGAACCGGAACAGGUGGAACAGGCGAGACAAAAAGUACCUGAAGUAGUUGGAAUAGCCGUUGGCUGUUUUUUAGUACUAGCGAUAGUAUCGAGCAUAAUAUAUUGUUAUAAACGAAGACACUAUAAUGCGAAGUCCAAGCGAAACUCACUCGAUAAUAUACCUCGAAAUCUCAAGAAAAGUCUGUUAUUGGAUAGUAAAUGCACUCGAAAUCCCCAAUAUUUUGCAUGCUCCUCACCGGAAGUGCCUCUACUUCAACGCGACUCACUUAUGUUUCUACAUGAUAUUGGCGAGGGUUGUUUUGGAAAAGUCUUUAAAGGCGAAUUAAAAUAUGGCGAGUCAGUGGAAAUCGUAGCAGUUAAAGUUUUAAAGGAAUCGGCGUCGCGUGAAGUUGAGGAUGACUUUAUGAGGGAAGUGGACAUAAUGUCAACUUUUCGCCAUCAAAAUAUUUUACUACUUAAAGGAGUUGUUUUAAGGGAAAUUGGACACAGUCCAUGGAUGGUAUUUGAAUAUAUGCCAUACGGCGAUUUAACUGAAGUUUUAAGAAAUAAUUCACCCUACAAUUUUCGAUCAUCCAGAUCAGAAUUGCAACCAUUAACGAGGGAAUCCCUGCAUUGGAUAGUAACCCAAAUAGUGGAGGGAAUGACAUAUUUAUCAACGCAGAGAUUUGUUCAUCGAGAUUUGGCAUGUCGAAAUUGCCUCGUGGGAUAUGAUUUGAUUGUGAAAAUUGCCGAUUUCGGAAUGUCGAGGGACGUUUACACCUGCGAUUACUACAAGAUGGGAGGAUCGCGUUUACUUCCGGUACGUUGGAUGUCCCCGGAAAGUGUAAUGUACGGUCGUUUCACUUUGGAAAGUGACAUAUGGAGUUUUGGAGUGGUCCUUUGGGAAGUGUAUUCCUUUGGGAAACAACCAUAUUACGGACACAAUAACGAAGAAGUGGUUAAAUUGAUAACGCAAGGAAUAAUGUUACUCACACCGCCAGACUGUCCAUCGUACAUUUGUCAAUUAAUGAAGGACUGUUGGAAAACGGAACCGCGCGAUCGACUUCGAUUUCCGGAUAUUUUGGAGCAUUUACGAAAAGCGGAGGAGGCAUCUGCUCAAAUGGAAACAUUACCGCGACCACCACAAGGUCCAGUUACCAUACGAACACCGGAUGUUCUCGAUCCCGAUGGUUACUUGUUACCGGCACCGACGAAACCGUGCGAAUAUUGGCAACCAUUGCCGCCAAUUGCCGACGAUCAAAUUAUAACUUGUACGUAAAUUGGUAAUUAAUUCGAUCGAGAGCAGUUUAAAAAUAUUCAAUUCAAAGAAUCCCUUUCAUUUUUCACACUGUUGUCAAAAGGCGAACAUAAUUGCAUAAUAUAUUUAUUAGUAGCCGUUAAUAUUUUAUAGCAAAAACACUACAUUAACAUGAAAGGAAUAUGUACUUUGAGAAUAUUUUUUCGAUGCAUUAUUGAUAAUUAUUGAUGAAAAUAUUAUCAACAUUUCACAAAGACUGUGCCUUAUUAAUACUCAAAAAGUGCGCUUAAAAUUAAAUUUGAGAUGAUUUUAUAAUGAAACUCAAAUUAAAAACCGAUUGACAAAAUGCAUUACAAAAUCAUAACUAUUAAUAUAAUUUUAAAUUUCUAAGAAUUCGAA